ACGACAAUUUGACCUUAAUUUGAAGAAAUCUUGAAAUAAUUGUUCUGCUUCUCUUCUACUGAGUUUCAAGCGAACUCCGUUCCAAUUCUCGUCAGAUUUCCCCAGUUUCUCUGGUUAAUUUCCGAUUUGAAUUUGAUCAUAUUAUGGCCAGUCAAUCCUCCAAGGGAUCCAUUUAUGACUUCACUGUUAAGGAUGCAAGAGGAAAUGACAUUAAUUUAGGCAAUUACAAGGGCAAGGUCCUGUUGAUUGUCAAUGUUGCAUCUCAAUGUGGCUUGACCAAUUCCAACUACACUGAGUUGAGUAAAUUGUAUGAGAAAUAUAAAGAUCAAGGUUUUGAGAUUCUUGCAUUUCCAUGUAACCAGUUUGGAGGUCAGGAGCCUGGAAACAAUGAGCAAAUCUUAGAGUUUGCUUGCACUCGCUUUAAAGCUGAAUACCCCAUAUUUGAUAAGGUCGAUGUGAACGGUGAGAAGGCUGCUCCCAUAUACAAAUUCCUAAAGUCUAGCAAAGGUGGACUUUUCGGGGACAGCAUCAAGUGGAAUUUCUCCAAGUUCCUGGUUGAUAAGGAGGGCAAUGUCGUCGAUCGUUAUGCUCCCACUACUUCUCCUCUUAGCAUUGAGAAGGAUAUAAAGAAACUGUUGGCCUGAAUCCUAUGACUGGAGGAGGUUACCUGAUCACUUCAGAGAGUCCAUAAACUAGAUACUUUUAUGAAUAAAAAGACUAUUCUAUCUCUGUUUAUAUUUCCUCAUCUCCUAAUGAUGGGUUAGACUGCAUUACAGUUUAGAAGUUGUCCCUUACCUUUUAUAAUGUUUUAUUCACCGCGGAAAAGUACAUCUGUCUUCAUACUUGAAUAUAUUUUGCUAUUAGCAACUAA